UACAAUGUUGAUCAUCAUUCAGUGGGAAGAAUUUUAUUUACACAAAUGAAAAUGCAGCCGUCGAAAGUGAUCCAGAUUGAUGAUUUUGAUGGUACAACUGUAACCAAUAAAGAAAUGCUUACUUAUUCCAUUAGCAUUGCAAAAAAAUUGAAAAAAUUUGGAAUGCGCCAGGAAGACCUAGUUGGCGUGGCUGCUCACAAUACAACGUACCUGGCCGCAGUUAUCUUAGGCUGUUUUUUCAACUGUACUCCUUUCCACACGGUACAUCCAGAUUUUAAGGAAGUCGCAAUGGCCCAAUGUUUUGAUCUUACGAAACCGAAAAUUAUAUUCUGUGAAGGUUGUAAUUACAAGACGAUUGUAAAGAUAACCGCAGAUUAUUCUCCCAAACUUUAUACAUUAAGCGAUCACCUUAAAGGAGUUCCAACAAUUUUUGACCUUUUGCAGCCGACUGAAAAUGAUUAUCUUUACCAGCCGGAAACACCUUCUUUAGGAGCUGAGCAAACAGUUGCGAUUCUGUGUUCUUCGGGCACUACAGGCCUUCCCAAGGCGGUUACCUUAUCGGCAUACAGAUUUAUGCUAAAUAAUCCAUUAAUUAAUGGCGACACGGUAUUUUACUGCCCCAGCACCCUGGACUGGAUGUCUGGCCUCAUGGGUUUAUAUUACAAUUGUUUGUCAAGUUGUACUCGAAUCAUAAGCCGUAAGGCGUUUAGUCCCGACUAUUUCGUGCAACUAACACAAAAGUAUAAAAUCACAUAUACAAUAAUGUCCCCUAUAAAUGUGAUUACACUAACAGAAUGUCCUCAAUUUACUUGUGAUAAAAUGGCUACACUUUUGUCUCUACAAUGUAUUGGAGGCCCCAUUUCACAGCACAUUCUUAGAAAUUUUCAAAAAAUUGUAUCCAAAUGUAUUAUAACGCGUUCAUACGGCUGCAGCGAAACAGGUGGAAUUUCAAUCAACAUUGGCUUGCAACGCGAAAAUAGUGCGGGAAAACUAUUGCCCAAUGUACAGCUAAGGAUUGUUGAUGAUAAAGAAAACAAUCUGGGACCAAACGAUAUUGGUGAAAUACUGGUACAUUUGCCAUACCAAUGGGGUGGUUACUUUGGCAAUACCAAAGAAACUGAAGGAUUGAUAGAUGCGCUGGGUUGGUGCCGUACAGGCGACAUAGGUCUUAUGGAUGGCGAUUGCUUCCUCUAUAUAGUCGACCGCAAAAAGGAUGUCCUAAAAUACCUAAGCAUGCAUUACUGGCCGGGAGAGAUUGAGAAUACGAUUCGAGAGCUACCCCAGGUAGAUGACUGUUGUGUGGUGGGCAUAUACGAUGAACACUUUGGUGAUGUUGCUGGCGCUCUUGUGGUUAAGCAGAAAGACAGUAAAGUCCCGACCGCUGAAAUGAUUAUAAGUUAUGUGAAAGAACGUUUGGUGGAACCGGAAAAACAAUUACACAAUGGCGUCUAUUUUAUAGAAGAACUUCCUCGUAACAAUAAUGGAAAGGUAUUGAGGCCAGAAGCCAAGGAAAUAUUUCGAAAUUUAAUGCAAACAUCAUCGAUCGACUAUGUUUUGUUAUAA